AUGGCGGAUUCGAGCUCCGUUCCUAAGAAAUACACUCCCCCUAACCAGAGGAAACCGUCUGGGAAUCGCAAGAAAUCAGGAGAUCGAACAAGUAGCCAACAGAACAAGGAUGCUGGUAUUCAGGUGGAGAAGACUGCCAGAAGGAUAGCAAGUCUUGACGACGGCUCUAAGAGUGAAGCUUAUAAGCUUCUAAGCGAACGCUGGGCAGCUGCAAUGCAUCUAUACAACGACCCUACCGUGGAUUUAUCUGAGCGACCAAUCAUGUACUAUGGAGGGAGUGUUUGGGGGAAACUACCUCACCAGAUCCUGGCUUCAGCAAACAAGACAUUGCCUCCACCGAUGGUGCCUACGGAUUACAGAAGUGAACUGCGCCGAGGGUUGCUGGCUCCAAGAUCAUCUUCCAGUAAAAGCAAUUGA